AAAACAUGGGAUUGUGACUUAGGAUGUGAUGUUCUGUGGUGCCAGGAAGGAGCAGGCAAGGUAUGGAGCAUCCCUGGUUGAAGAUGCACUGCCCCUUAAAAAACCGUGUGCCGCCCGAGAGACGACUGUUUUAAAUAUGGCCAUCGUCCCUCUACUUUUCCUGGCUGCCCGUGCAUUAGUCCAUCACCCCCUCUUGGUCAAUGACAUCACAGAUUUGGCCACACUGAAUCGUCUCCAGGAGCAUGAGACGCGGCUGACUACAGAAAUGGGGCGUCUCCAGGUGGAAAUGGACCAAAAGAACUGGAACUGGGAUCUCAAACAGAACCGGGAGCAAUGGAUCACAGAUGACCUAGAAGCAGGGGAUGGAACCUGGGAUGGGUGGCCUUAUGUAGGGCUAGUUAUCCUCCUCCUGUUUGGAUGCUGCAGACGCACCGCUGAGAAGGAGCCCAAUGACGAUUCUAGCACAGACAGCUCCAGCACCACCACCAACGGAGAAGAUUUUGAAGACACUGACCAGGAACCUGAAGAUUAUCAAUCCAAGCAAAAAUUGCUGGAGGCUUUUUAUGAGCAGCAAAUCGAUUCAGGAACCGGUGACAUGUCCAGCUUGUGUGAUUUUGUGGAGAUGUUAGUGAACGAUUUGAUUGAAGAGAGUCGGAAUCAAAAUCUACUUCUGCUGGAGAACUGCAUCGGGGUGGGCAGCGCCUUUGAAGGAUGGUCCACGGAGGUUUCAAAAACGUUCUGUAUCCUUGUGCCUAUAUUGCCACCCAAGGGCCAUUCCUUUCACAUUGAAACAAGUGACUCCGAGGGUGCUCCAGGUAAGCAUGGCCACAUCUUGGUAGAGGUAGAGUGCCUGUGUAAGAGAGAGAGGCUGCUGGGGGACGUGGUAUGCUCCCUUCAUCAUUCGGAACGAGAACUGAGCCAAGAAGAGCAAAGCAAGUCCCUGAUGCAUGUUCUUUGCACCAGCUCCCAUUUGGAUGGGGAGAAAACCAUCCAGUGGUUCCAAGCUCUGGUAAACAAGGUCUGGGACGCUCUUGGUCAGAAGUACAAUUUAAGUCUCACCAUCCAGAAUUCCAACAAAACCUGCCGGCUGAAAUUAGAACUGCCAUCCAGGAAGGAGAUCUUUAUUGAUAUCUUACUCGGAGUGCAGCAAGGAGACUCUCUGAUCUUCCUGACCACCCAAGAUGACCAAAAAGGCAGUCUAAAUGGUAUGGUUUGGCACAGAAGCUUUGCUGUUCAGGAGCUGCUCUUCUUCAAAUGGGUGAGCCAGCGAGCUCCCAAGGACAGCUGCCACUUGAAAUGUCUUCAGAUCCUCAUCUUUUUCAGACAGUCUAGCAUCCCAGAGAAGAAGAACCCGGUGCUCACAAACUAUCACUACAAGACUUGUUUAAUGCAUCUCUUGCUUUUCCGGCCUCUGUCCUACUGGGAACCAGAGCAAAUCACACAAAGACUUCAGGACCUCCUCUUGCAUAUGAACACUGCCUUGGAAGAAAAAUAUCUGGAACACUUCCUCAUAGGGAACAUCUCUUUGCCUAUUCAGAUUCCUUUGCCCAAGAGCCUCAGAAGUGCCGUCCCCUUCAACCUUUUUGAGUACUUGGCCCAAGACCCACGCCUUCAUGCCCAGGCAAUAAAUGAGUUUGUGCAGGUUGUAGAGCAGGUGAGGACACUCUGGCUAGCACCUGAAGAAUAGCAACACUCAACUCCGUUUGAUAGGCCAGCUUCCUUUGGCUCUUCCCUGAAUUACAUAUCCUUAACAGAGCCACAGAGGUGAGGAGCAUUUUCUCCAGCAGUGAAACAAAGCUGGAUUAGAUGUCUCACAUCAUCGAUGAUCCUGGAAUGGUAUUUGGGUAUGCUUCAAAAUGAUCUGGGCAAAGGCCAGCAAUACUUCGAAGAGCCCUUCAAGUAAGAUUAGCUUCCUAGUGCCAGCUAUUCUUCAAUAUUUUUCUACAUUUUAAUUCCAGACAAAUUUGCUCUAUUAGACUUGAAAUAAAGAUUCCAACAAACUCCGUUCUUAAGCUUCUUAUAGCAUCCUUCCUGGGCUAAUAAAAUCAGAGUCUCCUACCAGUUUUCUGAGUUUUCAACUUUUCCAAACCCAAGUUGAGAAUGUUCUGUGUCUCGGAAGUGGAGGCUGAGGUGCCAGACAUGGGAACUAGUUGGUUCCUAGUUU